CAAAAGAAUGGUGUCCAAACAUUUAUAUGGAUUUAUCCUGGGAAUAUAAUUUUGUGGCUGUCAUUAAUUUUCUACACAGAUGAUAGAACUGCAUGGCUCUUAGACUCAUCCAGCUUCUUGCAAUCUUCUUCUUCUUCUUCUUCUUCUUCAAUAAGCUAGCUAGCUAGGUAGCCAAUAAUAGCCAGUAGCCAUGAAUGACACAGUAGACAAGCUCGUCAUCUUCCUGGCGAAGAGAGACGGCAUUGACAAGCUAGUAAAAACCUUCCAAUACGUCUCCAAGCUGGUCAACUGGCGGAUAGAGAAAUCGCACCCGGAAUUGGCUCACCGGGCGAAGCUGUGGGAGGUCGCCUCCGGGCUCAGCCGGAAGGCCUUCCGUUCCGGCCGCUUCCUCACCGGCUUCAACGCCCUCCGCCGCAGCCCCGGCCCCACCCCCGCCUUCCGCCUGCUAGCCCUUCUCGCCAACUCCGGCGAGAUGGUCUACUUCUUCUUCGACCAUAUUCUCUGGCUGUCCCGCAUCGGAGUUGUGGACCCCAAGCUGGCUCGCCGGAUGAGCUUCGUGUCGGCAUUCGGGGAGUCCGUCGGGUACGUCUUCUUCGUCAUCUCCGAUUUCAUUCUCAUAUCGCGCGGGAUACAAGCGGAGAGAAAACUGCGCCAUUCAAAAGUUGCAGAGGAGGAUGAAAACGAAGAACAAAUCAAGAAGAUUAGAGCGGAUAGAGUGAUGAGAUUGAUGGCGGUGGCGGCUAAUAUCGCCGACCUUAUUAUAGCAUUGGCUGAUAUUGAACCAAACCCCUUCUGCUGCCAUACCGUCACGCUAGGCAUCAGUGGUUUGGUUUCUGCAUGGGCUGGUUGGUAUAGGAAUUGGCCCUCAUGAACAUAUAUAUAUAUAUAUAUAUUUCCUUAAUUACAUCAAAAACUUAUACCCGGAUGUCAUAUAAUGUAAUCAAUUUCUGUUUUAGUUUUCUGCGUUUAGAGUUUUUUCUUGUUGA